AUGAUAUCGGUCAACGCCGAUGAGUUUUUGGAUAACAAAGAUCCUACAUUAAAAGACAAUUUGAUCCAAAGGAAGCAAGACAUUGCUUAUUUAACAGAUUUAUUUUCUAAAUUUAAUGAGGUUAAUUUUCAGUUACAAGGCGAUAAUUUAAAUUUAAUAAAAACAAAAUCAAUCAUCGCAGCUUUUCUGGUCAGAAUUAAUUUAAUGAAGCAAAACAUUGGACGACAUGAAUUUUCUCACUUUCCCAAAUUGUCACGUAUGAACUGUCAGGAUGAUGACGUUUCGGCUUACGUUCAACAUUUAAAUGCCCUUCACACUGACUUUAAAAUCAGAUUUGAGGAUAUUUUGACAUUGGAAAUACCACAGUGGAUUAUUAAUCCAUACAUUGACAUUGAAGAAUCGGAUAUCGUAUUACAAGAAGAACUGAUCGGAAUAAGUACUAACGAAGAACUUAAAGGACAAUUUAGAAAUGGGUAUCAGCAAUUCUGGCUUCAGAGAGACAUACCUGUUAUUUAUCCUGGUUUAUGGAGUAUCGCAAGAAAGUUUUUGAUAGCUUUUCCUUCAUCAUACUGCGUUGAAAGGGGUUUCAGCACAGUUGUCAAUCUUCUUACAAAAAAAAGAAACAGAUUGGAAAUUACCGAUAGAGGAGAUUUGAGGUUAAAUCUGACUAGUUUAAAGCCAAAUAUUGAAAAUUUACUUUCAAAGCAUCAGGCUCACCCUUCCCAUUAA